AUGGCUACACCGGACACACCAACGGAUUUUCGUCUCGAGUAUAUCGGUAAAUUUGUACAAAAAUCUCUUAAAUUAAAACCGGAAAAAUGGGGAAAAUUAUUAUUGACCAAAGAAUACAGGACCGCUGUGUUCGAUUUUCUGAACAAUCCAUUACCAAUGGCUCUCUUUGUUGUAUUGACACCAAAUGUUCAGCUGGUAGCAUCCACUUCUUUUCCAAUACCGUGUCAAAGAAUGAAAGGUCUUUAUAUCGUGAAAACGAUUAAAGCACCAUUACCAAAAGAAGAAGGUGCUUACUCAUCGAUAUUAAUAAUUGGUGAUCUCUCUCAUCGUGUGGUUGAUCAAUUGGCUACUUUGAUCGAUAACGUCUUCGCGCCACUUCUGAGUAAUCCAAAGAAUCAUAAGGAUCUACCGGAUGUAGCGAUACAGGAUAUCUCUAGGCACGUACACUCUCUUAGAGGCACUUUGUAUCAGGUGAAAGGUCAAGUGAAUGGCAGGACAGUUCUACCAAUGCCAGCCGGCUUAGAGAAGGUGACAGAAGUUGAGAGAUUGGUCUCGACGGUAGGACCACAGGCGGUCGAUUUGUAUCUGAAGAGCGCCAUCGAGGGUGUAGUGAUAAAGUGGGCUUAUUUGGUGAAUGACGUUGUCACUCACGAAUCAAGCGCCGCUUUUGAGAACGGUCAACAACCAACGCCGAAUGCUGAACUAGAAUAUUGGUCCGUCAAACUGGCGAAUUUAAGGUACAUUUACGAUCAGCUUCAGGAGGAUAAAGUAAGGAAGAUGGCGACGAUUUUAGAGAAAACCGAGAGUGCUUAUUUUCCAUGCUUUCGAACGCUCUCGGAAAACGUUGUGGCUUCCUUGGAGGAAGCAAAAGAUAUAUCCUUGUAUCUAAUGCCGUUGGAGAAGUGUUUCAAGGCUAUAGAAGAGACGGAUUUCUCCGAGACGAAACCCUUAAUGGCGGUUCUGAUCCAUUCCUUGGGAUUAACGUGGGCACAUUCGAAAUAUUAUCAAAGUUCCUCGAAACUAAUCAUCAUGUUACGGCAAAUAUGUAAUUUAUUGAUACAAGAGGCUCAAAAAUUUCUCGAUCCUACGUCAAUUUUUCAGAGUGACGUGGAUGAGGCACUUCAACGCGUACAGAUAUCGCAAGAUAUUCUGGAAGAAUUUAAACGUCAGUUCGAGGCAAGAAGAAACAUACCCGGUAUGAAGCCUGAAGCACUACCUUGGUCUUUCACUUCUGGCGUCGUUUUCAUACGUCUCGACGCAUUUCUCAAACGUUUGGCGGAUAUAGAGUGGCUCUUCUAUACCGUCUUAGAAUUUUCCAAGCUCGAGAAAAUCGAGAUCGGUGGUAUUCUCGGUCGAUCGCUUAGUAAUAGAAUCAUCGGUAUUUUCAAGGAAUUCCAACAGCUCUUUCUUUCCUUUACGGUACGAGCUAACGAUGUUCUCGAGCCGGACGAUGAAACUUUUGCCCUAGACUGUGCGAAAUUUAAUCUAUCCAUUACCGAUUUGGAUAAUAAACUGGCUGCCAUAUUGUGUCAAUCUUUCGAUGACUGUGGUAAUCUCGAAAGUGUGUUUAAACUGAUCAAUAUCGCAGGAUCGGUGUUAGAUAGGCCGAUGAUACAUAAACAAUUUAGCGAUCGGUAUUCGAGAAUUUUGGAACUUCUUAAUAUCGAGUUGAACGUCGUUGAAGCUUUAUUCAAUCGUGGCACCAAAGGAGCUCUAACUGAUCUUCCUCCUUUAACAGCUGCUUUAACGUUCACCAGUAUGCUUAGACAACGAAUUGAACUUCCUAUUCAAAAUUUUAAGGCCAUGCUAAAUCCUAUUAUUAAUACGGAAGAGGGAAUCGCUAUAAUCGAACGUUAUGAAAGACUUAUGAAUAUUUUUUCUGAAAAAGAAGAAAAUCUCUUCGUAGAGUGGGCGGAAGCCGUUCCAAAGACAGUAGAUGCUGGUUUAGAUUGUAACUUAAUGAUCAGGGAUCGACAUUCUGUUUUACGAUUGAAUUUCGAUCCCGAUAUUUUAGCUAUUUUGAAGGAAGUAAACUACUUAAAACAUAUGUCUCGUUCGGAUAUUCCUCAGGAAGCUUUAGAGGUGUCCGAAAAAGCGGAGACCUUUAGAAAAUUCCGUACAUUACUUACCGCGACCAUCGACUCUUACAAUGACACUCGUAGAUCGACAAGAAGCGUCGAACACGAUUUGAUCGAAUCAGAAUUAGCGGAAAUCAAUUCUAUGAUAUUCCGAGGUGAGUUCGAGCUCUGUUGGCGAUCGGAUGGACUUUCAGAAUACAUUGUGAAAUUGGAAGAGCUUGUAAACGAACUUUGGAAGCGUGUGAGAGCUUCUCAAACGAAUGUGGACAAGAUUAAAUUAAUUUUGGAGCCUUGGACAAAAAUGCCUCUUUUCGAAAGAAAGGAUUGUCGCAAGGAUAUGUUGCUUUGUUUAGACGAGAGACAGGAAAGAGUCUCGAAACGUUAUACUGACGUGAAGAAAGCUGCUGAGCAAAUACAUUCGUUGUUAGAAGAAAAUAAGAAGCUGUUUCAAAUUACCGAUGUUGAGAAGGAAAACGCUUGGAAGGAGUACGUAAAAUAUGUCGACGACAUUGUGAUAGAGUCACUUCGCAAAACCGUUGGCUGUAGUCUUGGUUACCUGGCAGAUAAUAUGGACUCAAGCGUUCAAAACGAACCACUUCUAGAAGCUAAAUUGGAACUAAGAGAACCCGAUCUUUAUUAUGUGCCUUCGUUGGAGCCCGACGAUCCUGAUGGUCUCGAGCAACUUACUGCUGGAUUAUUGAACGACAUCAUUGGUAUGGCCACGCUGAUUCCACGAUUGAAGGCUGACUAUAUUGGAUAUGCCGAGGAAUUGGAAAACGAUUCCGAUGUUAAAGGAAUGAAGAAUGAAAUUUUAGAAAGUUUAGCUACCGCAAUAGAUGAGGCGACCGAUUUUUGUGGAACUUUUGAAGGAUACGCUUAUCUUUGGCUCGAAGAUAGGGAUGUGGUGAUGCAACAGUUUCUCGAAUACAGUCGACAGUUAACGAUAGAGGAAAUGGAGAUGAUAGCCGCUCAGGAUCCCAAGGGUCCGGUGCGGUCUGUGCCGAAGAAGGAGCAAUUCCGCGAACAAAUCGAUCUCUACGAGGGUCUUUAUCUCGAGAUCGAGGAAAUGGAUCUGUCGAGAGUAUUUUGCGGUUGGUUCAGGGUAGACCUACGACCCUUCAGACAGUCAGUCCUAAAUAUUGUUUGUAAAUGGUCAAGUAUGUUCAAGACACAUAUGGUUGAUCAUGUUACUAGUAGUCUAUCGGAUCUCGGAGCGUUUAUAAGACGAGCGGACGAAGGAUUAUUGCAGCAAGUACAGCCUGGAGAUUAUCUGGGACUUGUCAGUAUUAUGGGAUAUUUGAUGCAAGUUAAAGAGAGACAACCUACGACGGAUGAAAUGUUCCAACCCCUGGAAGAGACCGUCGAGUUACUCAAGUUUUACGAUCAAGACAUUCCCGAGGAAGUGAAUGUAUUACUUCAAGAACUCCCAGAACAAUGGGCCAACACGAAAAAAUUGGCCCUUAUGGUGAAACAACAGGUUGCCCCUUUGCAAGCGAGCGAGGUUUCCAGAAUCCGUGGUCGCAUUUCUGCAUUUGACACAACGAUAAUACUUUAUCGCGAGGCAUUCAGGCGUUAUGAUUUCUUCAAAUUUGAAUGUCAAAAUCCGUACGAAUUGCUGGACGAAGCUCAUAAAGAAAUACACAUGUUGGAGUGUCAAAUGAAAGACAUACAGGAGUCAGCCUCGUUGUUCGAGGUGAGUGUGCCGGAAUUCAAGCAAUUGAAACAAUGUAGAAAGGAAUUGAAGAUGCUUAAGCAAUUGUGGGAUUACGUAAAUAUCGUAUUGAGUAGUAUAGACGGAUGGAAAACUACUCCUUGGAGGAAAAUCGAUGUAGAGAAUAUGGACAUCGAGUGUAAAAAAUUUGCCAAAGAAAUACGAGCUUUAGAUAAAGAAAUGCGUCAAUGGGAUACUUAUAUAUUGCUCGAAGGAACCGUAAAAAAUAUGUUAACAUCAUUACGAGCAGUUGGAGAACUUCAAAAUCCAGCGAUUCGGGAAAGACAUUGGAAUCAAUUGAUGAACAGUACGAAGGUACGUUUCGUAAUGGAUGAAUCAACAAAGUUGGCCGAUUUACUCGAAUUGAAUCUUCAUGAAUGCGAAGAAGAAGUGAAGAAUAUCGUCGAUAAAGCAGUAAAAGAAAUGUCGAUGGAGAAGUAUAUGCGAGAAUUGAAUGUCACAUGGUCGAAAAUGGAAUUUGAGAAAGAGAUUCACGUUAGAACGGGUGCAACCUUGAUCAGAGCGAGCGAAGAAUUGAUCGAAACUUUAGAAGAAAAUCAGGUUCAAUUACAAAAUCUAAUCACAUCCAAGUUCAUUGCGCAUUUCUUGGAAGAGGUUUCAGCUUGGCAAAACAAGUUAAGCAUCGCGGAUCAAGUAACCACAGUUUGGUUCGAAGUUCAACGAACUUGGAUGCAUUUAGAAAGUAUCUUCAUGUCUUCCGAGGAUAUUCGUCGUCAAUUGCCCAUAGAUGCUGAAAGAUUUAACAAAAUAGAUAAAAAAUUCAAAGAGAUGACGACAGAAAUGGCGAAGACACCGAACGUGAUCGAAGCAACAAAUAAAGAUGGUUUGGUAGCUGCUUUGGAUUUACUCCAAAAGGAGCUUGUCCUGUGUGAGAAAGCUUUGGCCGAGUAUUUGGAAGCGAAACGUUUAGCUUUUCCUCGAUUUUACUUUGUAUCCUCGAGUGAUUUAUUGGACAUAUUGUCCAAUGGAAGUCAGCCGGAAAUUGUAGCGAGACAUUUGACAAAGUUGUUUGAUUCGAUGGCUCGACUGAAAUUCGACAAUUCAAAUGAGCAAACGACUAAACGUGUUUUAGGAAUAUUCGCGAAGGACGGAGAAUAUGUGAAAUUUUGUAAUUACAAGAUGAUUUGCGAUGGACCGGUCGAGGUUUGGCUGAAUCGACUUCAACUUUCUAUGAGGGUUUCCAUUCGGUAUUAUUUCAGUGAAGCCGUUAUUGCUUACGAGGAAAAACCGCGAGAGCAGUGGCUUUUUGAUUACCCAGCUCAAGUUUCUCUCUGUGGUACACAGAUCUGGUGGACAACCGAAGUUAAUUUAGCUUUCGCUCGAUUGGAGGAAGGUUACGAUAACGCAAUAAAGGAUUACUUAAAGAAGCAGAUCUCUCAGUUAAGUACUCUAAUAACGUUAUUAAUUGGAGAACUUACGAAACAAGAGAGACAAAAAGUUAUGACGAUCUGUACAAUAGACGUGCACUCCAGAGACGUUGUAACAAAGUUGGUUCAGUCGAAGGUAGAAACCGCUCAAGCUUUUCAGUGGCAAAGUCAAUUGCGGCAUCGUUGGGAUGAAAAAGAGAAGGAUUGCUUUGCCAAUAUUUGCGAUGCUCAGUUUAAAUAUUCUCACGAGUAUCUAGGAAAUACUCCUCGGUUAGUCAUCACACCACUGACCGAUAGAUGCUAUAUAACUUUAACACAAUCGUUACACUUGAUCAUGGGCGGUGGACCAGCCGGUCCAGCUGGUACGGGUAAAACAGAAACGACGAAGGAUCUUGGUAGAGCUCUUGGAAUUAUGGUCUAUGUCUUCAAUUGUUCCGAACAAAUGGAUUACAAAUCCUGUGGAAACAUAUACAAAGGACUGGCGCAAACGGGUGCUUGGGGCUGCUUCGAUGAGUUCAAUCGAAUUACAGUCGAGGUACUGUCGGUCGUUGCUGUGCAAGUGAAAUCGAUCCAAGAUGCCAUCAGGAAUAAAAAGGAAAAGUUCAAUUUCAUGGGUGAGAUAAUAGGAUUGGAACCGACUGUGGGAAUAUUCAUAACAAUGAAUCCUGGUUACGCUGGUCGUACAGAAUUACCGGAGAAUUUAAAGGCACUUUUUCGACCUUGCGCCAUGGUCGUGCCCGAUUUCGAACUAAUUUGCGAAAUUAUGCUGGUAGCAGAGGGAUUUCAGGAGGCAAGAGUACUCGCGAGAAAAUUUAUCACACUCUAUACUUUGUGUAAGGAAUUGUUAUCGAAACAAGAUCAUUACGAUUGGGGACUGAGGGCGAUAAAGUCCGUUCUCGUAGUGGCAGGAAGUUUAAAAAGAGGUGAUCCUGGUAGACCCGAAGAAGAAGUUCUCAUGAGAGCGCUAAGAGACUUUAAUAUUCCUAAGGUAGUCUCGGAUGAUCUACCUGUCUUCAUGGGCUUGAUCGCAGAUCUUUUUCCGGCCUUGGACGUACCCAGAAAGCGAGACGUCGAGUUUGAAAAGAUGGUUAAACAAGCUGCUACCGAUGUUUCAUUGCAACCAGAGGACGGUUUUAUUCUGAAGGUUGUACAGUUAGAGGAAUUGCUCGAAGUAAGACAUUCCGUAUUUAUAGUAGGCUCUGCUGGAUCUGGGAAGACUCAAGUAUGGAAGACCUUGUUUAGAACGUAUCAAAAUAUUAAGAGAAAGCCAAUUUAUAAUGACUUGAAUCCAAAAGCUGUGACCAACGACGAAUUAUUCGGUAUUAUCAAUCCGGCGACUCGCGAAUGGAAAGAUGGUCUCUUUUCUGUGAUCAUGCGAGAACAAGCUAAUUUGGGAGGCGAUAAUCCUAAGUGGAUUUUGCUAGACGGUGAUAUCGAUCCAAUGUGGAUCGAAUCUUUGAACACUGUUAUGGACGAUAAUAAAAUUCUUACAUUGGCAAGCAACGAAAGAAUAGCGUUGACGCCAGCUAUGAGACUGCUCUUCGAAAUAUCGAAUCUUAGAACGGCUACUCCUGCCACUGUAUCACGAGCUGGCAUCUUAUAUAUAAAUCCGCAAGAUUUAGGCUGGAAUCCAUAUGUUACUAGCUGGGUCGAGAAGAGAAGCAAUCCUGUUGAAAAAUCUAAUUUGGUAAUGCUCUUUGACAAAUACAUUCCUACGUGUUUGGAAACUUUACGGAGCAGAUUUAAAAAGAUUACACCUAUAGCUGAUAUGGCUCACGUAGAAAUGUUAUGCCAUUUACUCAAUUGUCUUCUAAAGCCAGAAUUAACGGCAACUGAUUUUUUGAAAGAUCAUUACGAGCUUUACUUUGUAUUCGCAGCUGUUUGGGCAUUUGGUUCGGCCAUGUUUCAAGACCAGACUAUCGAUUAUCGAAUAGAAUUCACCAAAUGGUGGGUGAACGAAUUCAAACAGAUCAGAUUCCCUUCACAAGGCACUGUCUUCGAUUACUACAUCGAUUCAGAGACAAAAGACUUCGUUUUGUGGACCGAACGUCUUCCGAAGUUUGAGCUAGAUUCAGAGAUGCCUUUACAAGCCGUUUUGGUUUAUACGUCUGAAUCUAUAAGAAUAAAAUAUUUUCUGGAUUUAUUAAUGCCUGAAAAACAUCCCGUAAUGUUAGUUGGUUCUGCAGGUUGUGGAAAAACCGUUUUAGUUUCCGAGAAACUCUUACAGCUGCCGGAAAAUUUUGCAAUUUCGAACGUACCAUUCAAUUUUUAUACGACAUCGGAAAUGUUACAAAAAAUUCUGGAAAAGUCCUUGGAGAAAAAGGCAGGUAGGAAUUACGGUCCACCAGGAAACAAAAACUUGGUCUACUUCAUCGAUGAUAUGAAUAUGCCGGAAGUUGAUACUUACGGUACAGUCCAACCUCACACAUUGAUUCGUCAACAUUUAGAUUAUGGUCAUUGGUAUGACAGAACGAAACUAACAUUGAAAGACAUACAUAAUUGUCAAUAUGUGAGUUGCAUGAAUCCUACGGCGGGAUCUUUCACGAUCAAUCCAAGAUUGCAAAGACACUUUGUUGUUUUCGCCGUUAGUUUUCCUAAUACCGAAUCUCUGACAACAAUUUAUGCCUCGAUAUUGUCACAGCAUCUUGCUAACGUGGAACAUAGAUUUCCACUUUGUGUUACCGAACUCUGUUCCAAUAUCGUUCAAGCCUCGAUUCAACUGCAUCAUCGUUGUGCACAGAUGUUCUUACCGACAGCCGUCAAGUUUCAUUAUAUUUUCAAUCUCCGCGAUAUUUCCAACUGUUUCCAGGGUUUGUUGUUUAGUGGUAACGAGUGUUUGCAAUCGUCGAUAGAUUUAAUAAGGCUCUGGAUGCAUGAGACUCACCGAGUUUACGGAGACAAAUUGAUAGAUGAAAAAGAUAUAGAAACUUUCUCGAAAUUGCAAUUGGAUAUUUUGAAAAAGAAUGUAGAGGAAGUUGACGAGGGUUCGAUUUUGGAGAAGCCAAAUAUUUAUUGUCAUUUUGCAGGAGGAGUUGGUGAACCAAAAUAUAUGCCAAUAAAAGACUGGGCCACGUUACAUCGAUUACUAUCCGAAGCCAUGAUCAGUUACAACGAUCUUGUAGCUGCUAUGAAUUUAGUACUAUUCGAGGACGCCAUGAUGAAUGUUUGUCGCAUAAACAGGAUAUUGGAAUCGCCGAGAGGAAGUGCACUGCUGGUUGGCGUCGGUGGUUCUGGCAAACAAAGUCUUUCCCGUUUGGCUGCCUUCAUAAGUUCACUGGAAGUCUUCCAGAUUCAAUUGAAGAAGGGUUACGUCAUCGUCGAUCUUAAGUUGGAACUCGCAUCGCUAUAUUUGAAAUCGGGUAUAAAAAAUCUCGGUAUAGUCUUUCUCAUGACUGAUGCUCAAGUACCAAACGAGCAAUUUCUUGUACUAAUUAACGACAUGCUCGCAUCUGGUGAAGUUCCCGAUCUUUUCGCUGAAGAUGAAAUAGAAAAUAUAAUAGCAGGCGUACGAAAUGAAGUCAAGGGAGCCGGCAUGCUCGACACUCGCGAGAAUUGUUGGAAAUUCUUUAUCGAUCGUGUACGACGUCAAUUAAGAAUUGUUUUAUGUUUCUCACCUGUUGGAUCCACACUCAGAGUCAGAUCUCGAAAAUUUCCGGCUAUAGUAAACUGUACAGCGAUCAACUGGUUUCAGGAAUGGCCUCAAGAAGCUUUGAUGUCAGUGUCAAAGAGAUUUCUGCAAGAACUUAAUGAACUUUCAGAAAGUUACAGGGAAUCGGUUGCAAAAUUCAUGGCCCACGCUCAUACAAGUGUCAAUAUAGCUAGUCGACACUAUUUAGCUAGUGAACGUCGUUAUAAUUACACGACUCCUAAAUCUUUCUUGGAACAGAUCAGUAUUUAUACGAGACUUUUGAAAACCAAAUCUAGCGAGCUUCGUGCGCGCGUCAUGAGAUUAGAAAAUGGAUUGGAUAAGCUCAGAUCGACGGCAGUGCAAGUGGAUAGCUUGAAAGAAAAGUUGGCCAUGCAGGAAAUGGAGUUACAACAAAAAAACGAAGCUGCCGAUGCUUUGAUUGCCAUUGUCGGAGUUGAAACGGAAAAAGUCCAAACAGAAAAAGCGCUAGCCGACGAGGAAGAAUCUAAAGUAGCUAUAAUAGCCGAGGAAGUAUCGAAGAAGCAAAAGGAUUGCGAGGUGGAUUUAAUGAAAGCCGAGCCGGCUUUAUUGGCAGCCCAAGAAGCUUUGAAUACAUUAAAUAAAGCGAAUCUCACCGAAUUGAAGUCGUUCGGUUCGCCACCUGGUGCCGUGACAAACGUGACAGCGGCUGUAAUGGUUUUGCUUGCACCAAAUGGAAAAGUUCCGAAAGAUAGAAGCUGGAAAGCAGCGAAGAUCGUCAUGGCGAAAGUCGACUCUUUUCUCGAUGCUUUAAUUAAUUAUGAAAAGGAAAACAUCCAUCCAGAAGUUAUAAAAGCGAUACAACCAUAUCUGAAGGACUCGGAAUUCGAGCCAGAAUUCGUGAGAUCGAAAUCUGCUGCUGCUGCUGGCUUGUGCGCUUGGGUGAUCAAUAUCAUCAAGUUUUAUGAAGUUUUUUGUGAUGUUGAACCUAAGAGGAAGGCACUCGCCCAAGCGAACGCUGAGUUGGCUGCUGCACAAGACAAAUUGUCAGUCAUUAAACGAAAAGUUGCUUCUUUGGAAGAACAGUUAGCCAAAUUAACUGCAGACUUUGAACAAGCGACGUCAGAAAAAUUGAAAUGUCAACAGGAAGCAGAUGCAACUAAUGCAACGAUUGCACUUGCAAAUAGACUAGUAGGUGGCUUAGCAUCUGAGAAUGUUCGUUGGGCUGAGUCUGUAGCAAGUUUCAUGCAGCAAGCAUCCACCCUACCAGGAGAUGUUCUUUUAGUAACAGCAUUUAUAUCAUAUGUUGGUUGCUUUACAAAACAAUUCCGUCAAGAUUUGUUGAAUAAGCAGUGGUUACCAUUUUUACGAAACCUGGAACCUUCCGUACCAAUUACCGAAGGACUGGAUCCUCUAUCAUUAUUGACAGAUGACACGCAAAUCGCAAAGUGGAAUAACGAGGGCUUACCAAACGACAGAAUGUCAACAGAAAAUGCUACCAUUCUAAUUAGCUCGGAUCGUUGGCCACUAAUGAUAGAUCCACAGCUUCAAGGGAUCAAAUGGAUUAAAGAAAAAUACGGUGACGAGUUACGAGUCAUUAGAUCAGGCCAACGAGGUUAUCUCGAAGUGAUCGAGAAUUCUUUGGUCGCUGGCUCCACGGUACUUCUCGAAAACAUUGGUGAAAGUGUUGAUCCUGUGUUGGACACGUUGUUAGGACGAAAUCUGAUAAAAAAAGGUCGGGCCAUUAAGAUAGGCGAUAAAGAGGUGGAAUAUAAUUCUAACUUCCGACUGAUACUUCAUACAAAGCUGGCGAAUCCUCACUAUAAACCAGAAAUGCAAGCUCAGACGACAUUAAUCAACUUCACUGUGACGAGAGAUGGCCUUGAAGAUCAGCUGCUUGCAGAAGUCGUGAAAGCUGAAAGACCCGAUCUAGAGGAACUUAAAGCGGAGCUAACAAGACAGCAAAAUGAUUUUAAAAUUACACUGAAUAGCUUGGAAGAUUCUCUUCUCUCAAGAUUGUCAUCGGCUGGUAGCAAUGUCUUGGAGGACACGUCACUGGUUGAGAAUUUAGAGACCACGAAGAGGACAGCUGCAGAAAUAGAGUCUAGGGUUACCGAAGCUCGUGGAACUAGUCGAGAAAUCGAUGCUGCUCGUGAACUUUAUCGACCAGCCGCAGCCAGAGCUUCCUUGCUGUAUUUCAUUUUAAAUGAUUUGAACACCAUAAAUCCAAUCUACCAGUUCUCGUUGAAGGCUUUCAGCGUAGUAUUUCAAAAUGCUAUUUCAAAAGCCGAGCCUGCAGCCAACGUUAAUGGUAGAGUUCAAAAUCUCAUAGACUGUAUAACUUACUCGGUUUUCAUGUAUACCACAAGAGGACUCUUCGAAUGCGACAAAUUGAUCUUUACUUGUCAAAUGGCUUUUCAAAUUCUCUUGGCUCGUGAUGAAGUUACUCCCGGCGAGCUCGACUUCCUUUUAAGAUUUCCCAUAACUCCUCACGUUACAUCUCCCGUUGAUUUUCUCACCAAUACCAGUUGGGGUGGAAUUAGAAGCCUCGCUACUAGAGAAGAAUUUCGUAACUUGGAUAGAGACAUAGAGGGUUCAAUGAAGCGUUGGAAAAAAUUCGUUGAGUGUGAUUAUCCAGAACGAGAGAAAUUUCCUCAGGAGUGGAAAAAUAAAACAGCGAUACAAAGGCUAUGCAUGUUGAGAGCUCUUCGGCCCGAUCGAAUGACUUACGCUAUUACCGCUUUUAUCGAGGAGAAACUCGGUCCAAGAUAUACUGAAGGGAGGACAGUGGAGUUUGUGAAAUCUUUCGAAGAAGCUAGUCCUAGUACUCCUAUAUUUUUUAUUCUCUCACCGGGCGUCAAUCCUCUCAAGGAUGUGGAAGAUCUCGGUCAACGAUUAAAAUUCACAUCGGAUAAUCAAAAUUUCCAUAACGUUUCUCUUGGUCAAGGUCAGGAGACCGUAGCCGAACAAGCUAUGGAUAUAGCAGCUAAGAAUGGUCAUUGGGUGAUACUACAGAAUAUACAUCUAGUUAAGAAAUGGCUACCCUUGUUAGAAAAGAAAUUAGAAACAACCGCUGAUGGCUCUCACGAAGAUUAUAGAGUUUUUAUGAGCGCCGAACCAGCAGGUUCGCCUUCCGGCCAUAUAAUUCCUCAGGGUAUCCUAGAAUCGUCUAUCAAAAUCACGAACGAACCACCGACUGGCAUGCAGGCAAAUUUACACAAAGCCUUAGAUAAUUUUACCCAAGAGACUCUAGAGAUGUGCACCAAGGAAGCAGAAUUCAAAGCUAUUUUGUUCUCUCUCUGUUACUUUCACGCUGUAGUAGCUGAACGACGAAAGUUUGGUCCUCAAGGAUGGAACAAGAUCUACCCUUUCAAUGUUGGCGACUUGAAUAUUAGUGUUAGCGUACUCUAUAAUUACUUGGAAGCAAGUCCAAAGGUACCUUGGGAGGAUCUAAGGUAUCUUUUUGGUGAAAUCAUGUAUGGUGGACACAUAACGGAUGAUUGGGAUAGAAGACUUUGCGUUUCUUAUCUCGAAGAAUUUCUACAACCAGAUCUAGUCGAUGGAGAAUUACAUUUAGCACCAGGUUUUCCAGCACCACCCAACAUGGAUUUGGCUGGUUAUCACGCUUACAUAGACGAAGUUAUACCUCCAGAAUCUCCAUACUUGUAUGGAUUACACCCAAAUGCUGAGAUAGGUUUUCUAACGAUGACGGCUGAAAAUUUAUUUAAAACUGUAUUUGAAAUGCAGCCUAGAGAUGCCGGCAGUUCUGGAGGACAAACAGUAACUAGAGAAGAUAAGGUGAAACAAAUGUUAGAUGAAAUAAUAGAGAAAUUACCGGAAGAAUUCAACAUGUCUGAAAUAAUGGGGAAGGUUGAAGAGCGUACACCUUACGUGAUAGUCGCCUUCCAAGAGUGCGAGAGGAUGAAUUAUUUGACGAGCGAGAUCAAACGGUCGCUACGUGAGCUGGAUUUAGGAUUGAAGGGUGAACUGACGAUUACAUCAGACAUGGAGGAUCUGGAGAACGCUUUGUUUCUCGAUCAAGUUCCACCCGUUUGGACGAUAAGAGCCUAUCCUUCUUUGUUGGGUCUUACGAGUUGGUUUGUCGACUUAUUGUUAAGAUUGAGAGAAUUGGAAAGCUGGUCUACCGACUUUAUUUUACCAGCCUCGGUUUGGCUUGCGGGCUUCUUCAAUCCCCAAUCAUUAUUGACAGCGAUCAUGCAAUCGACGGCCAGGAGACAAGAGUUACCGUUAGAUAAAAUGUGCCUUCAUUGUGAUGUGACAAAGAAGAACAAAGAGGAAUUUACUUCAGCUCCGAGAGAUGGCGCAUACAUCCAUGGAAUUUUUAUGGAAGGGGCCAGGUGGGAUAUUCAGAGUGGGAUCAUAAUCGAUUCCAAGUCGAAAGAAUUGUUUCCUAUAAUGCCGGUUAUAAAUGUGCGAGCGAUUACACAGGACAAACAAGAUUUGAGAAAUAUGUACGAGUGUCCAGUUUACAAAACUCGUACACGUGGGCCUACUUAUGUUUGGACUUUUAAUCUUAAGACCAAGGAUAAGCCUGCUAAGUGGACUUUAGCUGGCGUUGCACUCUUGCUUCAAACUUAA